AUGCCUCGAGUUCUCAAUCUCGCAGCCCUUUGCCUCCUCUCCUUGGCACCUCCGGCAUCUGCGGCGUAUCUCAAAGUUCUGAAUCUUUGCCCCUUUGAAAUAUAUUGUGGAGGUGCAAAGAAUGAUGGCACUUUCUCUCCCACUGUCCAGGUGCGGUCUGGCCAGCUUUACCAGUCACCACUGCCAGCGAACAACGACAACAUCGGGGCCGUGCUGAAAUGCGCCUUGAACGAGCAAAUCCAAGGGCCCUUCCAGAUGGAGCUGAACCUUGAAUUGGGCAAAGCGUGGUUUGAUCUUUCCGCUGUCGAUGGGGAUCCCUUCCUAGCCUACCACCGCUAUGCAGAAAUCGAUGGGGGCCUAUGUCCUCUCGACUGCCCUCCUUAUACAAAGGAUUGCGAGUGGCCUGCUUUCCAGACCUGCAUGACCACUAAUGAUGCGACGAUGUACCUAUGCAAGUAG